CUGCGGCUUGCCCGUCAAAAGGAGCGCUGCUUUGAGGCUUCACCAGCUCACUUGUCCCGCUGAGCACAUGGUGCAGGAAAAAUGACGUCUACUGUCACUAUCGUCGCUUGCGUGCUCGCUUUAAUCUACGGCUGUGGCGGUGCCGAUUCAGAGGAGCGCCUCAUCAACUGGCUGCUUGGCGAACAUCGAUACAAUCCGCUGAUCCGGCCCGCAGUCAACCGGACUGAGAGGGUUACAGUGAAGCUUCAAGUGUCUCUGGCGCAGCUCAUCAGUGUAAAUGAAAGGGAACAGAUCAUGACGACAAAUGUGUGGCUCACUCAGCACUGGGUGGAUUACAGAUUGUCGUGGGACCCUGCCACAUACGAAGGAAUUGACAAGCUGCGUAUCCCCUCCAGACACGUCUGGCUGCCAGAUAUCGUUCUCUAUAACAAUGCUGACGGGACCUACGAGGUGACAGUCUUCACCAAUGUCAUCGUGCUCUCCAAUGGUAGCAUUCACUGGCUCCCACCUGCCAUCUACAAGAGUGCUUGCAAGAUCGAGGUCAAGCAUUUCCCAUUUGACCAACAAAACUGCACCCUGAAGUUUCGCUCAUGGACCUACGACCAUACUGAGAUUGACCUGAUUUUGAGAACAGAAGUGGCCAGCAUGGAUGACUUCACUCCCAGUGGCGAGUGGGACAUCCUGGCGCUACCCGGCCGGAGGACUGUCAACCCACUGGAUGCCACCUACGUGGAUGUCACAUAUGACUUCAUCAUCAAAAGAAAGCCCCUUUUCUACACUAUCAACCUGAUCAUUCCGUGUGUAAUGAUUACCUCAUUGGCCAUCCUGGUCUUCUACUUGCCUUCGGACUGCGGCGAGAAAAUGACCCUGUGCAUUUCCGUUCUGUUGGCUCUCACAGUAUUCCUGCUCCUGAUCUCCAAGAUCGUGCCGCCAACUUCCCUGGAUGUGCCGCUGAUCGGCAAGUACCUUAUGUUCACCAUGGUACUGGUUACCUUCUCCAUUAUCACAAGUGUGUGUGUGCUCAAUGUCCAUCACCGAUCCCCCAGCACUCACACCAUGCCCUCCUGGGUCAAAAUAAUUUUUCUGGUCAAACUACCUGCGUUGUUGUUCAUGAGACGCCCUAACGAUAACAGUGUGCGUCAGAGAAUGCAACAACAGCGGUGCCUUCGAUCAGGGGGGACAAUUCUGGGCUUGGGUUACCCCAUGACAUCCAAAGCUGGUUAUCCGAAGAUGUCAUCUGCCUUGCUGCCUUCAGACUCUGACUUCUGCACUCCUGGACUAAGUACAAUCCCUCCACUGGGAUUUCAUCAUUCCAAUAGAAAGGCUGAUUCACAGUCCACAGACUUCCUUCCUGGUGGGUUUGCUUGCCCACAGGACCUCCAUUCUAGAAGCCAUUCUGACUUGGCUACCGACGUCCACGAGGCAGUGAAUGGGGUGCGCUAUGUUGCGGAGCACAUGAUGGCAGAUGAUGAUGAUCAAAGUGUGAUAGAAGACUGGAAGUAUGUGGCCAUGGUGGUGGAUCGCAUGUUCCUAUGGAUCUUUGUCAUCGUGUGCGUGGUGGGCACCCUAGGCCUGUUCCUCCAGCCCCUCUUUCAGAGUCAGGUGGUCCAACAACACCAGCAGCCGACAUCUGAAAUGCCUCGCAUUUGA